CACACCGCAGUCAGUCCCUUAACGGCCGCCAUAUCGGACGGUUGCAGUCGUCGUCGUCUUCGUCGUUUUUCCACCUUUUCUUUCACCCCCUAACCAUCGAUCUCUUCAUCUAUAACGCCUGCUGUUGUUAUUCCACGCCGGCCAUCCCCCCCCCUCUCUCUCUAACGUGAACAAUAUCCCCCCAACACCUUUACACAACAAAACAGAAAUAAAUUUCAUGUGAAAACGGUUCGACAUUAUUUUUUUGGCGGGGUUGUGUGUCGAGUGUCGCCGAGUGAUUGGCGUUUGUGCGCUACUGUUUUCUGUGUGUGUGUGUGUGUGUUUGGCGACAGCGGGAAAACGCCCUGGUCGUUCCCGAUUGAUCGUCGCUGCACAGCUCACGCUCAACUCACUCUGUGACAGCAGACGCCAGUUGACGGUUGUUGUACUUGUCGGCCAGUGCUGCCCGUGAUUAUAGUUUCGCCACGCCAAAAGUCUCGACAGCUCUGCUGAUUUCACGGACACAACAUUUGGCUGUUCUGCCCGGGUUCUAUCGAAACCUAAAAAGGGAUUACAACUCGAUCGGGUCAACGAACACCUUGACAAAGGUAAUGCUGUGCCAAGGUAGUAGCAGUCGUCAGAAUCCUGCCGGUCCGGGAUUAUGGCGCCGGUAGAAGACGUGGUACCAGUAUGGCUCGGGUCCGAAGGCGUAUCGCAUUCGGUCUUACCCGAUGUUGCCACGAUUUCACGCCCGCAUGCUGCUCUUGCCGUCAAUUCAAUGAAACAAACAAGCAGGAAUCGGGCGCCGGUGAAGUCCAAGAUGGCAGGUCGAUCUACCUCUCGUCUGACGCUUGCAGCAGCUACCAGCGCAAAAAUAAGUCCGGAAGGCUGCGGCGGCAUCGAUUUAUCUCAUCCUUUUUAUCAAAAUCCACUGACGGUGGUUGCCAGCAAUCGCUAGAGCAGCAGCCUGCACUACGACCCACGAUCUCUCAACGCUCCCACCUUAUGCCCAUCAUUUCGUCCCACCACACUGUUGUCUUCAUUGUCGUCACUCUCCUCCACUCGCUAUUCACCUCAGGAUUAAGUAACCCACAGGACGCUGAACAUCUGACGGCAAUGGUAGGCGACUCGAUCGUCUUCAACUGCCACAUCGAGUUUCCAGAAGCCCAUCCAGUUCCUUACGUCAUUCAGUGGGAGAAAAAGGGAGUGGAGAUACCUAUUUUUAUUUGGUACGAAAACUAUUUGCAUACGGGCGAAGGAUACGAAGGCCGAGUGUCUCGCAUAGCACAACAAGGCUCCCUCGAAGGCUCAUCUCAUUACGGCCUAGCUUCGCUCAACCUGACACGGAUUCGUGAGUCCGAUCAAGGCUGGUAUUCGUGUUUGGUCAACUUUCUCAACCGAUCGCCACGACAAGACAAGAAUGGCACUCUCUUCCAUCUUAACGUUCAUGCUCCACCAAGAUUUACGAUGACUCCCGAAGACGUAGUCUACGUCAGCCUUGGAGAUCCUAUUAUUCUGAGUUGCCUGGCAGAAGGAACACCCAUCCCUGAGAUCCUGUGGUAUCGCGACAACGAGUUAGUUCACACCUCCCCCUCUCUGGCCGUGGCCAACGAUGGCACUGAGCUGCGGAUUUCGAGCAUACGCCAGGAAGAUAUUGGCGACUACACGUGUGCAGCCAAGAAUGGCCAAGGAAGUGUCCGACAUACCACAAAACUCGUCGUUGCUGGAGGAGCCGUAAUAAUCGUUCCGCCAUUGAACGUCACCAGACUGGAGGGUGACAAGUUGGAGAUGCCAUGUGAGGCACGGGGGCUUCCUGGCAACUUUAGCGUUACCUGGUACCGUGAAAAUCAUGCUGUGCGCUCGAUCCCGUGGCUCGAGUCCCGCACUUUACUUAAAAGAGAUGGUACUCUGGUUAUCAGUCCCGUUCACUCGGACGACAGAGGGCUCUAUUCAUGCGAAGUCACCAACGGAAUCGGCGAACCCCAGAGAGCGUCGGCCUAUAUAGAGGUUGAAUAUCCUGCUCGAGUGACGUUCACUCCAACGGUUCAGUAUCUUCCAUUGCGACUGUCGGGCGUAGUACGAUGUCACGUCGAAGCUCAUCCACCAUUUCAAUUCAUCACGUGGACUAAGGACAAACGAAUAUUCGAUCCUUUUGAAACGCCCAACGUCGGUGUCCUGAAAAACGGCUCGUUGCUUUUUGAAAAGGUGUCGCAAGAAAACCAAGGUCGUUAUACAUGCACGCCGUACAACGUCCAUGGAACUGCAGGCUCGUCAGCUGUUAUGGAAGUUCUUGUCCGAGAGCCGCCUACGUUCGUGACUCGACCCAAACCUAUAUACCAGCACAAGAUUGACGACGACAUUCAGAUGAUGUGCGAGGCUCAAGGAACUCCCAGUCCCCGCGUCACUUGGAGAAGGAUGGACGGACGGCCUCUGCCUCGUGACCGUUCCCGGGAGGAACUUGGCGUAUUGACGCUGAGCAAGCUCCGUCGGACGGAUUUCGGAUACUACGAAUGUCACGUCUCUAACGAAGUGGCUACACUGGUCGCCACUGCUCAUCUGGUCAUCGAAGGAACGACGCCUCAUGCUCCUUACAAUAUUACCACCGAGUCAAGUGAAUUCUCGGUCAGCCUCGAGUGGCUUCCGGGCUAUAGUGGUGGAUCUGAUUACUCACAAAACUACGUCAUUUGGUACCGACAAGAGGGAGCAACGCAGUGGAUUCCUGUCGACGUCGAUCCACCAACCAAUACAAAGACGGUAAUACACAACCUGCAGCCGGGAACCUCCUAUGAGUUCCAGGUCAUUGGCAAGAAUGUUUUAGGAGAUGGAAUGUUCAGCAAUAUCAUCAAGGAACGCACCAAAGGGCAAAGACCACCUGAUCCACCUCCUCCUGGUCCUAGUCGAGCGACCACGUCACCGGCUCCGUCGAAUAGCGGAGAUAAUGACGAAUUACGGAAGUACAAUGUAAUCGUUUACCCGACUGACGCUCGUGGUUCCACCUACAUUCCUGCUUUAUUUCGCCCAACAGGGCCACCCCCAAUAGCGCCAGAGAAUGUAACCAUCACCGAAACUUCCGAUGGAAUUAUACUCUCCUGGAGCUAUCCCCGUCGUGGAAAUAUAGCCAUUGCGUAUUUUACAGUGGAUUAUUGCUACGACGAUCAAUGGAGGCGGCUGAGUAAAUCAGAGCUCAAGUCCACAGAGAAUAAUUUUCAAGUAAAAAAUCUGAGUCCUGGAAAGACGUAUAUGUUCAGGAUUAACUCACAUACGUUGACAAGUCAGGCCUCAAGCGAAAAGGUCUCGUACAUCAUCCAGCGCAAGAUCAAAGACAAAGCUAUCACUGCAGGAAUCGUUGGAGGAAUACUUUUUUUCAUUGUAGCCAUCAUUUUGGCUGUUUGCACAGUAAAGUGUGUCAAUAAGCGGAACAAGAGACGCAGGCGUGAACAGGAAAAUGCUUACAGCAUGGUGGCCUGUCAGAUGUCAGCAGAUACUCGAAACGGCUGUCAAACGGGCCCUGCCAAGUCAGUGCCUUCCAGAAAAGGAUGGAUUGGCCGACUGCCCUCUAUAACGCGAUUGUCACACUUGAAGCGAGGAGCAGCUUCUAUCCGCCACGUUCUACACAUUUGUCCAAUUGAGCUGCCGGAGCAAGAUCACGAAACGGGAAGAACGUCGGUAGCAACGAGAACAGGAAACUUACCACUUGGAACAGGAACGACUACCACUGAUGCUGACGACUGGCUUGAGUACGGCGCGGCUGAGUUGCAAACGCGAAGCACUAGACGACGAUUGGAGGCUCGAUACAACGUCCAGGCCGAAUUUCUCCAACCAGCUGGAUGGAUUUCUCGAACACCAGAGGGCAAGUUCGUGGUUGCCGAUGAAGGUGCUCGGCAGAUCCAUCCAACUUACGGCUCCUAUUCACCAGCUAUAAGUCCUGUUGUCGAAAGUGGAGUUUACCGAAUAGGUGGCGACCGACUUAUCUGGCCACGACCGAAGCCAAUUUUACGCAGGGAACUAAGCCCUGUACCACCUACUAGUGGUAUAUUGCCGGCUAUGAUAUCUCCACCGACUAAUUAUCCGCUAGCCAUGUCAUCCCAUCCAACAGUAACUUCUCCCCAGUUCGGCCGACACGCAAUCCCGUCGCAGCCGUCAUCUCCUCAUCAUUUGAUACCUGGCAGUCGCCAAGAAGCGAUUAGAUCUAGUUCACCAGGUCCGGGACUCCUACUAUCCCCCUCUUUAGCAAACUUUAGCGACAUGAGUUCGGUUCGUCAUCCUAGCUCAGCAGAACGAUCUUUGCAUACCACAUUCUCGUCUCGCCUUUCCUCUUUUCAAAAGCAACAGACACCAGACUUACCUCCGCGUCAAAACAGGCUCAACCGUUUUUUCCCAUCUGCUGUCGCUCUCUCCUCCUCCGUAACGCCAAAUAAUAACUACAUCCACGAGCUUCCUGCCCUUCUACCGAUUCAUCAGCAGCUGAUUGUCCAGCAGUCACCCAGACGACAAGUCUCACCUCCACUAGAGACGAUGCGUACUGUUCGCGCCGAAGUCCAUUCGACUGAGACACCUCGCAGUGGGUCAAAGCAACGUGUUCAAAAUGAGUUCGGCUUGCUCCUGAAUACCGCCGGAAGGCAUUUUCACGCUCCACCUCCUUUCCGACCGCCGCCGCCACCGGUUUAUCAUCAACUUCCGUAUACAAUUUCAUAUCCGUCAUCGUUACAGCGGCCAUUGGCAACAAGUUCGCCACCACGAAGUCGUCAUUUCCCUGAAGGUGCUGGUCCCUUUCCCCCAGGAAACUAUCCUCGACGUACCGCCGAUCUUCUUGGUUCACCCAGGCGACGUUCACCGCUAACAAUAGCAGUUCGACUGAGUCCAUCUCGGACGCAGCAGCGAAUGAGUGAACGAAGCCGUAGUCAAAUAGUUGAGUACUCUCCUCAAAGCCAAUCGAGUUCGAGCGGAUUCGAUAGUAAAAACACAUCGCAACAAAAUCAGAGUUCACAGUCUGGAUCCGGACAAUCACAGCUCAUGGCUACUAACUUCUCUUCUUCCACGCUAUGGGGAACGUCUCCACCGAGCCAAGUAACUUCAGGCGAAUCUACUUACGUCAACUGGCCCGUCAAAGCACUGGCCACGCCUUCUCUAUCUCUGCUGGAUGCGAGUGUCGAUAACCACUACGAAUUCGACACGACGCAAAGUCCAAACGAGACGGGGCUACAGGAUUCUACGCUUCAUACGGCUACUUUCAUUCCACCCACGACAACUAGAGCUGUUGAUCUAUCCACAGAUUCCUCUGGACCUGGACCAGGACGCCAUAGAAAGGUUGGGCCAAUACCGGCACGGUCGGAAAACAUUGAAGCUAGGGUUCAAGCCAUGAAGGAAGAAUUUCAAGAAUAUCGGAAACGAAGGGCUCGCGGACUACUCGAAAGUGCGUGUUAACUUGUGGUUCUUAAAUAGUGACUGAAAUUAGUGCUAGUUUUUUUUUAAACAUUGAAUGCCAGAGACAGGAAAGAAAACGAAUACUCAUUACUUUCAAAUUACGCUUCAUUCCGCGAUCGCUGCAUUCCGCAUCCUAUUCCUCCCAAGUCUCAAUUCGUUAGCUAUUUGAUUAUGAAAGUAUACGUUGUGUGAAUGAUAGCGUAAAUGUGUGCAUGCGACUUGUCGUGGUGAGUGUGCUAAAUGCACUAUUUAUCGUGAAGAGAUUGAUUCAGCAGAUAAGAAAAAAACAUGUAUGAACUAAAUGAAUGAAUGUCAUCGAGUAGAUUUCCCACUGCCAGUUGCUACUGUAAUUAAAUUCCAGAGAAAAUUCAUUCUUGUUCAAAUUCAUCCAUUAUCUGAGUCUUGAUUAUUCAACUUCAUGCGUAGACAAUUAGAGACAGCAACAUUCCCAUGGAAGAUAGAAACUCUGUGGUAAAAUUCGUAAACAUGACUCGCUCACUCCUACGAUUCAUUGCUUGCUCCUUCGAUUUAGCGCACUUUCUCAUUGGAUUCUCUUAUCAAACUGUAAAUCCAAUAGACAUUUGUCAACCUCGUCUUUGAUUAUGUAUAUGCGUGCAAAAAUGCGACUCAGAAAUAAUCUUGUAUGGUGUACUAAACAUGGAAUCAUGAUGUGCGAGUGUCAUCCUAGAUUAAGAAUAUUUCGUUUCAUGCCAGAAUCCUGUUUCUUUAUUAAAAACAGAAACCCAAAUGAAUGGUUCUGUAAUGUUUGUCUUACUUGGUUUCUUCCAGUACAAAUUGGAGGCUUGUCUCACCCUUCA